AUGUCCAUGGCGGCGGCGGAAGUGAAGGAAAAGCCGCCGGCUGAGGCCGUCAAGAACUACAAAGGCUUCGUCGCCGGGGUCUUCUCCGGCAUCGCGAAGCUCUCCGUCGGUCAUCCCUUUGACACAAUCAAGGUCCGUCUGCAGACGACCGACUCAUCGCGCUUCUCCGGGCCACUGCAAUGCGUCCUCCAGACAAUUCGCAAUGAGGGCGUGUUUGGGCUCUACAAGGGCGCCACGCCUCCGCUGGUUGGCUGGAUGUUCAUGGACAGCGUCAUGCUUGGCAGUCUGACGGUGUAUCGCCGUCUCCUGAAGGACAAUCUGUUCAACCCGCCCUGGCACCCGCUCCACGACCCCAACGUGCCCCUGCCCGCCCAUGGCCACGGUCUGGCGGGCAUCAUGGCCGGCAGCACCGUGAGCUUCAUCGCCGCGCCGGUCGAGCACGUCAAGGCGCGGCUGCAGAUCCAGUACGCGGCCAAGAAGAGCCAGCGGCUGUACAGCGGGCCCAUCGACUGCCUGCGCAAGAUCUAUAGGUACCACGGCGUGAGCGGCGUCUAUCACGGGCUGACGGCCACGUUGCUGUUUCGGUCUUUCUUCUUCUUCUGGUGGGGCAGCUACGACAUCUUCACCCGCUGGAUGAAGGAGGGCACGUCGCUCAGCGCGCCCGCCAUCAACUUCUGGGCCGGGGGGCUGAGCGCCCAGGUCUUCUGGCUGACGAGCUACCCGAGCGACGUGGUCAAGCAGCGGAUCAUGACGGAUCCGCUGGGCGGUGGUCUUAAUGACGGGACACGGAAGUUCAUGAGAUGGAAGGACGCUGCUGUUGCUGUGUACAGGGAGUCGGGUUGGAGAGGCUAUUGGAGAGGUUUCCUGCCGUGCUUCUUGCGCGCUUUCCCAGCAAACGCAGCGGCUCUGGUCGCCUUUGAAAGUGUUAUGCGGUCUCUGCCCUAA